AACCUCGAAACAAAAUAAACAUUUUCUAGCUUUAUUUUUUCCAUAUUUCUGCAUAAUUUUUUCAAACAAAUUUUUUUUUUAUUACGCUAUUCUUCUGAUUUACUUCGUAAUCAUGCAGUUAUGUACGAUUUAAUGGACUUCAACUAUUUUGAUUCAGAGAAUGAUUAUUACGAUGAUACCCAGGAUUUCGAGGAGUAUGAUGACGAUGAUUUCCAAGAUGAGAACUUUACAGAUGUCUGGAAUAAUUGCGUUUUGUUAUCUAGCCAAAGCAUCCUACCACUUAUGUGGAGACUAAUGUUUUCAAACAUUUCUUUUGGGCUUCUUGUUUCAUCAGUUAAAAUUUCUGAACCUAUCUUUCAUCUACUAUCUGGUCUGACAGGAAUAUAUCUAGCUUCAGAAGUGGAAAGUACAGAAGGAAAAAGUAUUCUCAUUAUUUAUCUGAUAGUUUCCUAUUUAAUAAUCAUUGGAACUCAUUUUAUACACAAGAAAUGCUCUAAGGACUUGGGACCUAUUGUGAAAGUUUUUUUCAUUGCGAGCUUAAUUUUCAGCCAACAUUUAUUCAUAAAAAAAGAGGUGUUCCUUCGUAUUAGAGGUAUUUUGAUGAUUAUUGUUAUGAAAAUACUUCAUCUUAUUGAUGAAACCUUUGAGAAAGGAGAGUUUCCCAGCGUAUUACAAUAUUUUGGGUAUACUUUAUGCAGUGCUAAUAUUUUAUUUGGACCUUGGACGACAUAUCAGGAGUACAAGGAACUUCAUUCCCAACCAAAAAAAAAGAAUGCAUAUUGGAUAUUAGGAAUUUUCAAAUCAUUUACACUAUCACUAACAUGUCUCACUAUCUCUAACUGUUGGGCGGCAUAUCUCAUAUCUGGUUCAUUCAACAGGUGGCUUCUAGCGUACAGGGAUGCCUUAUCUUUUCGAUUCAGCCAUUAUUUUGUUAGUUACCUGGCUGAAAUGAGCAUGAUAAGUGCUGGAUUCAAAAAUUUCAACUCGGGUGGAAAACUGUGGUCUUACACUGUUGUCAGUCCAUUGGAUAUUGAGUUUCCUACAUCAUUAGCCACAGUGGUGACGAAAUGGAACCAACCAAUUCAUUUGUUCUUAAAAAAUACUAUUUAUCUGCCUAUGCGGAAAUACGGACAGUUUUCAGCAAUCAUGGCAACUUUUUUAGUAUCAUCAUUUUUACAUGGCUUCGAGGUGAGAGUUUCAGUCGUUCUCCUUUCCCUGGGUGUCUUUUCUUUUCUUCAAGUGAAGUCGAGGAUUUUAAUAUCAGAUGCAAUGGAUGCUUGUUUGAAUGUGAAACCUUGUAAACAGUGUACACAUAAAUACGGUCGUGAUAAUUUUGGAGUGAGAACUUCGCUUCUUUUAUUCGCAUUUGAUAGUAUUUUACAUCUUGCAUAUUUAGGAAUACUUAUGGAUCCAGCUUUAGGUGAUUUGAGUAUUUAUGAGCAAUGGAGUGAUUUGUAUUUUAUUAGUCAUAUUAUUAUGUUUGUGAAUUUCCUUUUGAUAAUAUGAUUUUUGAUGUAUUUGAUUUGUGUGGGUAUUUAAAUUAUGUGAAAUAUCUCUAGUUUAAUGAUGAAGCCUAGGCAAUCGAUAAAAGUACUUAAUUAAGUGAAAAAAAGUGAUACAAUGUAUAUCAGGAAACGGAAUUGAAUGGAAUGACUUUUAUUCUGUUAAUUUUAUUAUAGAUGUUGAGGAUUUUUUUUUAUAAUAUAAUAAAAUAAUUAUUUUUACUAUUAUUUCCUCUCAA